AUGGCAUACACAUCUCCAGCUGUCGUUAUCGACAAUGGUUCAUACACUACUAAAGCGGGGUUUGCUCGCGAAGACUUACCCUCCUUGGUAUUCAAUUCCAACUAUAUGGUCAACCCAGAAACUCAAGCUGUCAUUGUUGGUGACGAUGCAUUAGAGGCCAAUUGUCAAAACGAAGUAAUGACCUUGCUUGAUAACGGAUUGAUUUACAACUACGACAAUAUUAUACACAACUGGCAAUACGUCUAUGAUAAUAUCGACAACCAUAAUCCGAUUGAUGCCAAGGAGUACCCAUUGGUAUUGACUGAACAAUCAUGGAACACUCCCCAAAAUAAAGUCACUACUUGCCAGAUUGUAUUUGAAAGUUUAGAAGUGCCGAUCUUUUCGUUGGUGAAAACUCCAAUUGCGCAAUUGUACCGUGCUGGUAAGUCCACCGGUUUAGUUAUUGACAUUGGGUCAAGUGUGACUAGUGUUACUCCAAUUUUAGACGGGAUCAUUCAACAAAAGUCGUCAUACCACUCGAAAUAUGCUGGUGAUUUCCUAAAUUUACACGUGUUGAACUAUUUGGAAUCCAAGACUCCCUUCAACAAUCUUAUCCCUGCUCAAUUCGCCCAUGCUUCCGAUUCAUUCAAGCACUACUAUGCCAGUCAUAACAUUUUACAAGAAUACAAGAACUUGUCGAUAAGUUACCAAAUCAAGAGUUAUCAAUUAUACAACCACGAAAACAUAAAUGUCCAAGACCAACGUAACUACUUGGAGAAUUUGUUUGACCCAACCUUGAACAAAUUACCCAAUGUUACUGUUCCUGAACCCACUUUGGACAAACCAGGGUCUCACGGUUUAACCAACUUGGUCUUCUUAGCAUUAAAGAACUUGGAGUCAAGCUUGCUCCCUUCGUCCAACGACACCACUUCGCAAAACAAAUUCGCCAGAUUUAUUGAAAUAUUUAAAGAAUUGUUAUCCAAUGUAUUUAUUACUGGUGGUACCGCGUCCGCCAAUGGAUUGCCUGAUCAUAUAAUAAACGAUUUGCGCGCCUUGACCCAGAAAUAUUUCCCAAAUUAUCCAUUCUCGUAUGCUGUGCAACAAAUCAGACCAAACAACACUGAAAAUUCCGAGACUUGGGAUCGUCAGUUCGGAGCUUGGCUCGGUGCUUGUAAUUUGGCCAGUAUGUUGAAUGACCACAAUGAAGACUCAAAUAGUGCCAAAAUUGCAUUAGAUAACUGGUUUAUUACGAAGGCAGAUUACGAAGAAUUGGGAGAAGAUUUAAUCGUUGAAAAGUUCAAGUAG